GCUCAUCACGAAUACUAAGCAACAUGCUCAAAUACGUAACAGUCUUAUGCGUCGUGGCGGCGCUAUGCUCCGGAGCACCGCAACAAAACCCUCAGGAUGUGCAGAUCCUGCGCUACGACAGCAAUGUUGAACCUGACGGCUAUAGCUUCGCAUACGAGACCAGUGACGGUACAUCCCGGCAGGAAGAAGGCAAACUCGACAACCCUCAAUCUGAGAACGCAGCCUUAACUGUCACAGGACAAUACGCUUACGUCGCCCCUGAUGGCAAACACUACACGGUAACCUUCACAGCUGGCCCCAACGGAUUCCAACCUAAGACAUCCCUCGGACAGAGGAAAUAAACCGUACAACCAACUUUGAUCACUGUAUAUACUCGUAAAAUGUAAGAUCAAAGUGUUUAGGUACAACCUUUCAACAUACUCUAUAAACCAGUGAACACUCGAUCUCAGUUACUUCGAGCACACAGAAGGGUUUCAUCUAAAUUCUUGUGCCAUAAGAUUGCCUUUUCUAUUUUUUUUUUAAUUUUGUAAAGCCUCUUGUGAUUUAUAUAUAAUAAAUAAAUGAU